AUGUCCUCUACCAAGAACGCUACCGAGUAUACUGGUACUACACCGCCAACACCACCGUCAAGACACCAGGAUGAAGGACAAACACCGGACAAGCAGCCAUGGCACAAGUCCGCCUACGUGCUUCUAAAACAGCCAGGGUCUGCGUUACAGAUCAUCAUCGCGGCCAUCCUAGCGAUAGCUAUAGGCUUAGCUGUGACAGCAACCGUUGAUGAUGUUCCCGAAGCUGCCCCUGUUAUCCUCGAGAUCCCCGGCACGUUAUGGCUUCGGGCUCUGCGGGCUACAGUUCUACCACUGAUUGUUACAGCGAUCAUUCUAGCUGUGCAAAACCUAAAAGCGAUGGCAAGUGGUGGCGCAAAAUUGGCUCGCUGGACAAUCUUCUACUAUGUUGCCACGACUUGCCUUGCAAUAGUUCACAGCAUCAUUUUGGUGGAUCUAGUCUGGCGACGCCUCAUGGUGCAGGUCAAUCCUUACGCCUACUGGGCGAAAUGUGCACCUGCCUGGAUUACAGCGUGGGGCUCUGCUUCAUCUGCUGCCACACUACCUGUCACCAUUCGUCAGUUGAAUGCUCGGCAAGUACCUGAAGUGAUUGUUAAAUUCACCGCUCCUCUUGGGGCGUUGAUCAAUAUGGAUGGCACUGCAAUCUAUUUUCCUGUCGUCGUGGUUUUCCUCGCCAUCACACAAGGCAUAACUCUAAAUGCAGGAGACUAUACACUUAUCGUCCUCCUCUCAGUCCUUUCCUCAAUCGCCACUACGCCCAUUCCCUCUUCGUCGCUCGUACUUACCGUAAUGAUCGCAGGCUCAGUUGGAAUCCCAAUUACUGGGAUGUACGCUGUGGUCGUUGCCAUAGACUGGUUCAUCGACCGGUUCAGAACCAUGACGAAUGUCAGUGGUGAUUUGUUUGCGGCAAGAAUCUUGGAGAAGAUUACUGGCAUCACGGACGAAAACACGCCUUUUGUGGGCGAACCGGGCACCUUGAACGGAACAACGGCAGACGAUAAUCGCAGAGAGGUGGUGGAAAGCGAUAAGAGAGCUGAGGCGUGA